GGUGCAAUGUUUAGCAUUCUCACUCUCGAAUCCCCCACCACGAGUCCACGUCCCAGUUCAUGCCAAAUUCGUCUUAAUAUUUGAAAAACUAUCAAUUUAUCAUCACCAAUAUAAUUCAUUUGCAGAAAUCAAUGGAUUCAACAAUGCGAAUUCUAAACCCUAGUAAUCGGACCCUCAAUAUCUAUCUCAAUCCACAAAUUCGCACCAUUUUCUUCCCCAAAUCUCACUCUCUUUCUCCCACUGUCACUGUCACUCGCAAAUUCCCAUGCUACAAAUCUCUCUCUUCAAAUUCCUUCAACAAUUCAAUCUUCCGUCCCUCCUCUUUCCCCAAUUCCUCCAAAUUAGGGUUCUUCCUUUCUCUCUCCUCCUCCAACCCCAAAUUCCACUCCAAAAACGUUAAUUCCCACCCUUGCAACGGAAGUUUCUACCAUUGGCACAAAUCUCCGGCGAAGGUCGCCGGAGUUCCCGUCGGAGGUAAAUGCGAGGUUGCGGCGGUGGUCCUAGGGUGGUUGGGUGCGACACCGAAGCAUUUGAGGCGGUAUGCGGAGCUGUACACAUCGAAAGGUAUUGAUGCAAUUACCUUCGUUGUUCCUGUGAAAGACGUGCUUUGGUUUGAUUUAGGGAGAAAGGUUGAGAAUCGGAUUCAAGAGUUGGUGAACGAGCUCGUUUCGUGGCUGUCGAAAGCCGAAGGCCGGUGCUUGAUCUUUCAUACGUUCAGCAAUACUGGAUGGCUUGUAUACGGUGCUAUUCUUGCUCAUCUUCAGGAGAGGCCAGAUCUCAUAACAAGCAUCAAAGGUUGUGUUGUUGACUCUGGAGGGGACCCUGAAUUGAACCCCAAGGUUUGGGCAGCUGGUUUUGCUGCUGCCUUGCUGAAGAAACGGAAUACUGUGAUACCUCCAUCAUCUGAGGAUAUUGAACCAAGUACUAGUGGAAAGAAGUCAGAUUUGCAGGAUGAAGACCCUCUCGUAAUUAAGGCUGUAACACUUGCAGUUCUGGAGAAAUUAUUUUCUUUCCUUUUCAAAUUGCCUGAUGUGAAUCAGAGAUUGUCCAAGAUCAUCCGUCUUCUAUCAGAAAAUCAGCCGGUGUGUCCUCAGCUUUAUCUGUACAGCACUGCUGACUCGGUUAUUCCAUACCAUUCUGUAGAAUCUUUUAUGGAACACCAAAAGAUGAAGGGAAGAAGAGUGUGGUCUUUUAAUUUUGGAACUUCACCUCAUGUGGAUCAUUACAGAACGUUUCCUGAUGUAUAUACUUCACAGGUUAACUGUUUUUUAAAUCAGGUUUCUUCCAAACAGAUAUAAUCUGUUGAGCAGAUGUUGCGAGUGUCGUGUGAUUGUAAUUGGUCAAUCAACGGUGUACAAGUCAGCCGAACAAGUAUCUAUGAACAGUAUAGUGCAAUGAAGAUAUGAGAUUAGUGAACAUGGCCAACUCUUUGCUUUGCAGAAUUGCAGUGCAACCCAGGGUACUGAUGGGAACUUCAAAUUCUUAUGUCGGUGAUUGAAUUAAGGUUUGUGUUGGAAGUUUGUUAUUUCCUGCGUUAUGGCUGUACUUACUACUGCGGACUGGUUUGUACAUCACAAACGUUUGAAAGACGGCAAUCCCACAAAAUUGUAUCCUUUCUUGAGUCA